AACCAAAGCAGGUAAAAUAAAGAUUACUCUUAUUAACUUCAGAAGUUUCGUUUCCCUCUAGGGAUCCUUUUCAUGAGAAUUUGAGAUCGAAGAAUCAAUAGCUAUUCAAUGUGGAACUAUAAAAAAUAUGGUGGAGGACGAUUAGCUUCAUCCCCCUUCCAAACGUUGAUACCGAAAUCCUAAUCAAAAUUAUUGCGCACAUGAAGAAGCACGUUGAGAAGACGGAUUUGAACGAAGAAGAAAUCAAAGAUUACGACAAGGAAUUCAUGAAAGUGAGCUUUAAUGACAUAUUUGAACUUGUAUUAGCUGCAAAUUACCUUCACAUAAGCAGUUUGAUGGAUCUCUUGUGUCAGUCGAUUGCCGAUAGAAUUAAGAAUAAGUCUGUGAAGGCUAUUAAGAAGAUAUUGGAUAUCACUAGUGGUUACACCCCAGAGGAAGAAGCAGAGGUUCGUGAUGAACAUAAGUGGGCGCAUGAGGGAGUAGAAUUUGAUGAAUCUCUUGAUUAGAUUAAUUUGUGUUUUUAGCUUAACUUAAAUCUAGGGGUUUUUACUAUUAUGUUUUUUUCUCUUAAGUUUUAUGUAGUUCAGGGUUUUGAGUUUUACUGACAAGAAUAUAGCAAUUCUGGAUUUUUAUUAAUUAUUCCGGGCUCAAAUUUAGAGAUUGACAUUGGAAUUCUAAUUUAUAUACCAUUAAUCUAAUGUAUAACCAAACAGUGAUUU